AUGAGGAAAUUGACGCAAUUUUUCAAAGUCAAUAACAUCAGUGAAGACAAUAAAAGUGCAAUACUUAUAGCAAACUUCUCAGAUGAAACCUAUCGACUCGUACGUAACCUAGCGUACCCGCGCGAAACAGGAACGCUAAGUUACAGAGAAGUGGCGGAGUUACUCGAUAAACACUUUGAGCCAAAACACAGUUCUUUCGUAGACAAAGCAAGAUUCUACGGAGCGACAAGAAACCCGGGCGAGCCAUUAGGAGAAUGGGCGGCGCGACUACGAGGUCUUGCAAGUUAUUGCAACUUUGGUACCGCCUUAGAAACGGUUUUACUGAAUCGUUUCGUCCUAGGCUUGGGGACGGGCCUCGAGCGGGAUAGGCUAUUUGAGCAAAAUGAAUCAAGUCUAUCUUUUGCAAAGGAUUUGGAAAUAGCUGAACAGGCAGCUUAUACGAGAGAGGCCAAGGCUCUUGUAAGCAGGGAAAUGAGUAUUAGCAUCAAGGAUGAGCAGGUAUAUUACUCAGCUGACAAAACUAGUCGUCGGAGUGACGGGAGCCAUUGGAGAAGCAGUGGGGGCAUGCAUGUAUGUGCCACCGACGACAGAGGAAGCGGUGGCAGUGGCAGAGCGAGUGUAUCUCGUAAAGGGUGUAAAGAAGAGGCUACCAAUCGUUGCGCUGUAUGUGGUUUAACAACACAUAGUGCUGAACAGUGCCGUUACAGGACCUAUCGGUGUCAAGUGCAAGUGCGGUGUCAUUUAAAAAAAAUGUGUAAAGUUCGCGUACACAACAUAAAUACCGUUAAGAAGGAAACUGAACCAGACGGGGACUGUGGGGCCUGCAUGGAGUGCCGUUUGCAUAGUAUGAGGUAUGAGACUUUCGCUCCUAUUACUUUGGUAGUGAAUAUUAGCAAUAAAAAUUUCCGUAUGGAAUUAGAUUCGGGAGCAGGCAUUUCAGUUAUGUCCAAACAAUUUUUUUGCAACAUUUUCCUACCGUCACAUUAA